GCACGACCACCAGUCUGAUGUCGAUGCCCCUCUGUCAGUCUGCUCGGUCGCGGCCAAUCUCCGAACUUUUUAAAAGCGGAGAUUACAGGCAACUUGACUGAAGCGAAGAGGAGACAGCGCGUAGAUGGGGGGUAGAGAGUGGGAUAAAUGGAGAGGAAUGAUAAAAGGGGGAGGAGAGCGCAUCAUUCCGGGUGGCUGCCCCUGCCGCUCGAGUGGAGGCUAAAGAGAGAGAGAGAGGGAGAGAGGAGGGUAGAGGAGAGCAAAGCUUCAGCAUCCAAAACACACGGGAGAGGUGCGCCACAGAGACCAGACCCACCCGGAGCACCGUCACUCUCACCGGUCCUUCGUCACACCACGUAUCCGCGCAUCGGUGCCUCGUACUCGGCGAGAGAUAUCUAUCACUGAAGACUGGAUUUUUUCCAGUCCCCUGACCUCCAACGCCACCUUCACCUGCCAUGGUUACAUGACACACCCCUGAGUGGCUUUCCUCUCCCAUCCGGAGUUGCUGAAGCAGUGUCCACGCUGUAUCUAUAGAAAAAGACAUCGUCGGGCCGGCCUGAGAUGACGGUGGCUGUGCGAUUCCGCCGCCACCUACGGAGGCUCCUGCUCCUGCUGGCCUCCUGCUGUCUCCUCUCCUUGCUCCUUUCUGCGUACUUUCUCUUCUCCAACUCGACACCUUCCAUGCAAAUAGGACAAUCCUCAGAGCCCGCUUGCUCCCAGCCGCUCUCCAUGUCCCCUUACCGCCAACUACCCUACCCGUAUCCCCCUAAUCCGCCCCACACGCACAUCCCCACUGACUCAGCAGCACUGGUACUGGUGGAGUCCCAGUACUCUCAGCUGGGUCAGGAAAUUGUGGCUAUCUUGGAGUCUGCGCACUUCAAGUUCCGCAUGGAAAUAGCUUCAGGGAAGGGUGACCUCCCGCCGCUGACAGAGAAGGGCCGCGGCCGAUAUUCACUCAUCAUUUAUGAGAAUCUCCUCAAGUAUGCACAUGCAGACACAUGGAACAGACAACUGUUGCAUCAGUACUGCACCGAGUUCAGGGUGGGCAUCAUUGGCUUCUACCGCUCCACCGAGACAUCACCACCUCUGUUCAAACUCAGAAACUUCCCGCUGGUGCUGAGGACCAAUCAGGCCCUCUGGGACUGCUGUGUAGUGUCCAGCUCUCCCAUCCUCCACCUAACAAAGCCGGGCACGGACCGAGGGGCCUUACCCAGCGAGGACUGGACCUCCUUUUCCUCCAAUCACUCCACGUACCAAGCUGUUCUGCACGCACGGCCUAAAGAAGGAACAGGGGCGGGCAGUGGUGACAAUCUGGGGCCUGGCUUCAGCCUGGGCCUGCAAGCUACGGUAGUCCAGGACAUGGGGCUCUAUGACGGGGUGAGGAGGGUGUUUUUUGGCCAGGGACUCAACUACUGGCUCCACAGACUCAUCUUAGUGGACGCCAUCUCCUACCUCACUGACAGGAAGCUGACUUUGGGACUGGACCGGCACAUCCUGGUGGAUAUAGAUGACAUAUUCGUGGGCAAGGAAGGGACCCGUAUGAACGUCAAGGAUGUGAAGGUAUUUCUUACACCUGCGCUCCUGGAUACUCAAAGACAGCUACGUUCUCAAAUUUCCAACUUUACCUUCAACCUGGGCUUCUCCGGCAAGUUCUAUCACACAGGCACCGUGGAGGAGGAUGAGGGAGACGAUUUACUGCUGAAGUAUGUGAAUGAGUUCUGGUGGUUCCCCCACAUGUGGAGUCACAUGCAGCCUCACCUCUUCCACAAUGAGUCCUCACUGCUGGAGCAGAUGGUGCUCAACAAGGACUUCGCUCUGCAACACAACAUUCCAGUGGACAUGGGCUACGCCGUGGCCCCCCACCACUCGGGGGUCUACCCAGUACAUCUACAGCUCUACGAGGCUUGGAGGCGCGUGUGGAGCAUCCAGGUGACAAGCACUGAAGAGUACCCACACCUCAAGCCGGCCCGCUACCGCAAGGGUUUCAUCCACAGUAACAUCAUGGUGUUGCCUCGUCAGACGUGUGGCCUGUUCACUCACACCAUCUACUAUAAGGAAUACCCCGGCGGGCCGAAAGAACUUGACAAAAGCAUCCGAGGAGGAGAGCUGUUUCUCACUGUGCUUCUCAACCCUAUUAGUAUAUUCAUGACCCACCUGUCCAACUAUGGCAAUGAUCGCCUCGGUCUCUACACAUUCGUGCACUUGGCCUCUUUUCUUCGCUCAUGGACAAACCUGAGGCUACACACACUUCCUCCUCCUCAGCUCGCCCACAAGUACUUCCAGUUGUUCCCAGAACAGAGGGACCCACUUUGGCAGAACCCCUGUGAUGACAAGCGACAUAAAGAUAUCUGGUCUAAAGAGAAGACCUGUGACAGGUUGCCCAAGUUCUUGGUGGUUGGACCACAGAAAACAGGGACCACAGCACUUUAUCUCUUCCUCCUCAUGCAUCCAUCCAUCUCCAGCAACUUCCCCAGUCCCAAGACUUAUGAGGAGGUGCAGUUCUUCAAUACCAAUAACUACCACAAAGGGAUCGACUGGUACAUGGAGUUCUUCCCUGUACCCUCCAACGUGAGCACGGACUUCCUGUUUGAGAAAAGUGCCAACUACUUCCCCUCAGAGGAGUCCCCGCGGCGCGCCGCAACCCUGCUGCCCAAGGCCAAGAUUAUCACCUUGCUCAUCAACCCCUCUGAUAGAGCCUACAGCUGGUACCAGCAUCAAAGAGCUCACGAGGACCACGCAGCCCUUCGCUUUACCUUCUAUGAUGUCAUCAGCGCAAGAGCAGGCGCUCCAGCCGAGCUGCGUUCCCUGCAGAACCGCUGUUUGAACCCUGGCCUGUAUGCCACACACCUUGACAGGUGGCUCACGUACUACCCUGCUAAUCAGAUGAUGAUCAUAGAUGGCCAUCAGCUGAGAGCAGACCCUGCUGCUGUCAUGGAUGAAGUUCAGAAGUUUCUGGGAGUCACUCCUCAUUUUAACUACUCGCAGGCCCUCACGUUUGACCCUCAGAAGGGCUUCUGGUGUCAGCUCCUUGAGGGAGGAAAGACAAAGUGCUUGGGGAAGAGCAAAGGGCGAAAGUAUCCUCCCAUGGAACCAGAGGCUCGUGCAUAUCUGUCCAGGUACUACAGGGAACACAACGUGGAGUUGUCAAAGCUGUUGCAUCGCCUCGGACAGCCUCUUCCCUCUUGGCUGAGAGAGGAGCUGCAGAAGGUUAGAUAACCUUUGCAUCCAUGAGCCGGGGUUAAUGGCCAAAGGUCAAACAGCACAAGGCAACCUGGAGUACCCGACCUUGAGACGCACUCUCCAGCGAACCCCUGAGUGGGAAUGGCGAGGACGCGACGCCUUGUUUCAUUCACACCUCUGAAGGGCAAAGAAAUGAUGGAAGAGAGAGAAGCAGCUCUGAAGUCCAAGAGGAGUUCAUCAUGGUGAGCUCUUACAGGGAGCUUUUGUCUGAUUUCCACCUUUUACUGUAAACCAUCACGCCACAACAGCGCUGGUUAGCUGUGGGACUCCCCUCAUGAGGACUUUGCACUUCCUCCAGGACGAACACACAACAAAAAGAGAUUCCCUUUACUUUCUUACAUUGUAAGUGCAUAGACUCAGGGUGGUGUUUGAUUUUGUAUCAGCUUGUUUGUUCAAAAUCAAAAGUGGCUGCCGGCAGAUCUGGCAGCCUUGUUCUGCUCAGAGAUGGCCCCCGAGGCUUCCGGAAAGAAAAUAACAUGUUGGAAGCCGUCGCUGAGCCGAGAAGCCUGCGUGAUAUAGGCCUGUGACGAGCCAUAAAGGAGAAGAAAAAUGCAUACACGUCAAUGCUAUCAGUGCUGGAGACAGCAGACGGAGUAAAGACAACCGAUCAAAACCAGCCCAUGUGACGCAUAGGAAGCGUCUGCUUUAUUAUUGUCCCCGUUUCUCUUUUCCUUUAUGAUACCUUCAGUUGUUUACCUUCCAUUUUAUGACAAAAAACCAUGACAUGUCAGAAAGAGAAACCAAAAUAAAAUAAAGGAAUCUGCCU